CUCAUACGCGACUGCAAACUGCAAGUCCUGCAACUCCUGCAAGUGCAGCCGCAACGUACAAGACGAAAGGUGAUUAGGUGAUUACGAUUAUGGAUAGACAUGGAAAAUACUAGACGAGACGUCGAAUUUAGCUAUAGGCAGGACAGCUGUUCUCGGAACUCGGAAACAGAAAAGUCAGAGAUAUUUGUAUAAUAGAGGUUAGGUUAAGACUUGAGUUUUUUUUUGCCGCAAACUACGAGGCAAACUCCGUUUCUGUGAGAGAUCUAAAGAGGUUAAAACGGGUUAAAACAGAUAAAAAUGUCAGAAGCCGUUGAAGUUGAGGUUGAAGUUGAGAUUGAGAAACACGUGGAAAACGCGACAAAUUCGAAAGGGUUGAGCGAAGCCGAGAGCAUGCAAGUCGAGAAAUGCAAGACGUGUGGCGAAGCGUGCGAUCCUUACGACAAACCAACGUUACGUUGUAGCGGUGGAUGCGACAAAAUAAUACAUACGGCAUGUUUAAAGAGAGGCAGCGUUCCAGUGUCUUUCGUAGGAGAUGUUUUCUUCGAACUUACGUGUGCCUCUUGCAAUCCACUAGGCGAGGAAACGGUCGUGCGCGACAGAAUGCCAUGGCUCAACAUUAUUAUUUUGACGCUUUACAAUCUACGUGAGAAAUCGAGUGGCAUUAGUAAAAGAGGAUACUUCCAUUGGAAAUCCGAUAUCGGUACUUUUGUCGAGAGAAAUUGGGACUACUUAUUUCAGAGGACUGUGAAAAAGAAGAAGAAUUGGAUCGGCACUAUAUCUGGUACAUUGUCUCAUUACAACGGCAUCUUUUUCAAAUCCGGCACCACGGAAUUAGGAGAGUCUGGAUGGUGGAAACUAUUGGACACGGAUCCUCCUGAAAUUUUGAUCGCCAAAAAUAGCAAAAUGUUAAUGGAUAGAAAAAGAUGCGCAGGUGCAAACGUACCUUGUAAGCUCACAGACAGUCCCGCACAGUCAGAUUCCAGUCUCUCGAUCGGAGAGGAUAGCAACUGCAGUGGAGAGCUAUUCAAAAAUAAAGGCUCCUCUAUGUAUUCCCAUGCGUACGUUCAACCUACGGAAACCCUAUCUGAGUUUUUACUGGAAGAGGAUGAGCCAAAUGAUAUGGAUCUCGAGGAUGAUAUAAUGUUACGCGAUGAGAGUGACGUUCCAUCCAUCUCCGAUUUAAUCCGCGACUGCCAAUCUGAAAGCAACGCGUUCCAUUUGGCACAGCUGAUGGAUACGUGCGACUGGUUGUGCAAUACAGAGAGUGCUUUAUCGCCAAACUGUAGUGGCGACGAAAUUAAAGAGAUUAAGGAGGAAAGCGAUGACGAGGAUAGCAACGACAGUCCAGUUUCCAUACAAGAGCAGCCUCCAGCUUCUUUGUUUAAAGAAGCGAAACGCCGUCAACGACCUUGGUCCAAGUCUUUACCAGUCGUUACCGAUGAAAAAAUAUCGCGCAUGACUUGUCAAGAGGAAGCGUAUUUGUUGCAAAGGCUCAAUAAGGACAAGACUGAUCUCGACAAAGCGCCGGCCGCUAUUAAAAGGCUGUACAGAAAACUGGCGGUGCGAAAGAGGAAAAGAGAGUAUCGGCUUCCUCUGUUGGACGUCGAUCACUAUUUCGGAUCUAAAUCGGAAGCUUUUGCGACCCCGUCGAGAAACAACGAUCGAGUGUUGGAUCGAUUUUUUAGCGACGAUCUGGGAUAUAUUUUCGAACAAAGGUUGCAGGGUUACAACGAACCUACGUCCGUACACAGCCCGUAUACGAAUAGACUUUUGAAGCCGUUUAUAAGACGAGACGCUUGUUGUCGGCCACUGUGGUUAAGGAUCAUGGAAGAGCUGUGCGCGAAAGUAAACGGAAAUGAUCCCCGAUGGAAACCGCCGGCCAUGGCGUCCAUCGAUUAUUCUUACAUCAGACCGCAACACGUUCCCGCGAUCAACAGUCUCUGUUGUCAGUUUUUUUGGCCUGGGAUCGAUUUGACCGAAUGUUUGCAGUAUCCAGAUUUCACGUGCGUUGUGUUGUAUAAAAAGUUGGUGGUGGGCUUCGCGAUAUUGGUACCGUACGUUGGCUACAACGAAGCCUACAUCUCGUUUUUCUUGACGCGCCCGGAGUGGCGAAGGUCCGGCAUCGGCACCUUCAUGUUGUACCACUUGAUACAAACUUGCAUGGGACAAGACGUAACGUUACACGUGUCGGCCACGAAUCCCGCAUUAAUAUUGUACCAGAAAUUCGGUUUCAAAGUGGAAGAGUUUGUUCAGGACUUUUACGACAAGUAUAUGCCGCCAACGUCGCGAGAAUGCAAGCACGCCCUGUUUCUACGUUUAAGUAGAUAAUAAUGGAAUAACGUGUAUAUAUUAAUUAAUAAAUCCGUCGAUCCAGAAAUGUGGUCUCCAGGGUAGUAAGUUGGUGAGGCGGGCCUUUGAGCCUUUGAGAGAUUUGAAACUGGCGCGGCAGGCGGCAGGUCGCGACGGUAGCGCCUCGCACGCGUCAUCGACAUCGAGGGUUGACGUCAUCGAGGGAGCGCUGCGAACUGCGAAGCUGUGCCCUGUGGCGUCGGCCGUCGAUUCAUUCUCGAAAGUUCCGGAAGCUGGUAGUGGCUGGUAGAUGGAAAGUUUAUAUAUAUAUGGACGGCGAGGUUACGCGACAGUUUAGUACAGCAGUACAGCUUGACACGUACGCGCUCAAGGAACGUUGAGAG